UGACAUGGGGCUCUGCGCAGGCGCGGAAACUCACCUGGACUGGGCUGUGCUGGCGACGCUGAGCUACCCGGUCGGUCCGAGAUGGCAGAGGUGGAAGAGACACUGAAGCGGCUUCAGAGCCAGAAGGGAGUGCAGGGAAUCAUCGUGGUGAACACAGAAGGCAUUCCCAUUAAGAGCACCAUGGACAAUCCUACCACCACACAGUAUGCCAACCUCAUGCACAGCUUCAUCCUGAAGGCCCGGAGCACCGUGCGUGAAAUUGACCCCCAGAAUGACCUCACCUUUCUUCGAAUUCGCUCUAAGAAAAAUGAAAUUAUGGUUGCACCAGAUAAAGACUACUUCCUGAUUGUGGUUCAGAAUCCAACUGAAUAAGCUGCACUCUUGGCUCCAUGCAUCAUUCCUUAAUUUAAUGCCCCCAAGAAUAAUGUUAAUCAUGUCAACCGACUGGCAGGUGGACAUCACCUUAGAGCCCAUGCAGACCAAUCCAGUGACCAACAUGGGCUGCAGCUCCACCCUGUCCCACCUCAGUCAUCCGUCUGUGGGCCAGUCUGCCCUGAGUUCCCAGGAGGGCCCUCUUUCCUCAGGUCCAGUUUUGGAGCAAGAGCUUGAGAGAGGCCCACACCCUGCUUCCUUCUGACUUUCAGUUUACUUUGUUGCUCUUGGAAAAGGCUGUUUUUCUUUUAACUAAAAAUAACUGAAACUUGC